GGGAUCGUAAGCAGGAGGAGUUGGAGCUGCAGCCUCUGAGCCUCUGCCUUAGCGGCGGGAGCAUCUGGCUGGCCGAGACGCCUUCCCCCCUACACAGCACACUGCCACCGCCACCGCCACAACUACCACUGCCACUGCCACCAAUCGGGAGCGAGCCCACGUCUGGCGACAGCCGCACCUUCGGCUCCUUCCUGCCCAGGAUCCUGCCUCCGCUGACUGCCGGGCUUGCAAGCCUCAGGCUGACCUAAACAAUGUUUUCUUCGGUGAAACCUUAUGAGAACCAAAAGUACUGGGCCCUGAAGAAGGAUUGUCUGAAGAGGAAGGUGCUCUUUGAAGACCCUACAUUCCCGGCCAAUGAUGAAUCCCUAUAUUACUCAGGUACCCAGCGGCAGGAUGUCCAGUGGAGACGGCCCAAGGAUAUCUGUGAGAACCCUCGCCUCUUUGUGGAUGGCAUCAGUUCUCAUGACUUGCACCAGGGCCAGGUGGGAAACUGUUGGUUUGUGGCUGCCUGCUCAGCUCUGGCUUCGAGGGAUUCCUUGUGGCAGAAGGUCAUCCCCAACUGGAAGGAGCAGGAAUGGAACCCUGAUGACCCUGCAAGCUAUACGGGCAUGUUCCAUUUCCAUUUUUGGCGUUUUGGAGAAUGGGUUGAUGUGGUCAUCGAUGACCGGCUGCCUACCAUCUAUAACCAGCUCAUCUACUGCCAUUCCAAUGUUAAGAAUGAGUUCUGGUGUGCUCUGAUUGAGAAAGCUUAUGCCAAGCUGAUAGGCUGUUAUGAGGCUUUAGAUGGGGGCAAUACCGCAGAUGCCCUGGUGGAUUUCACGGGGGGCAUCACAGAGCCCAUCGACCUGACAAUUGAAGAUUAUGCCAAUGAUGAGACAUUGCGGAACCAGCUAUUUGAGCGAGUGCUGAAGGUUCACUCUCGUGGAGGGCUCAUCAGUGCAUCUAUUAAGGCGAUGACAGAAUCUGACAUGGAAACCCGCCUGGAUUGUGGACUGGUGAAGGGUCAUGCCUACGCCAUCACAGAUGUGAGAAAGAUCCGCCUGGGCCAUGGCCUGAUGGCCUACUUCAAGUCAGAAAAGCUCGAUAUGAUCCGGUUGCGAAAUCCCUGGGGAGAGAAGGAAUGGAAUGGUCCCUGGAGUGACACGUCAGAGGAAUGGCAGAAAGUAAGCAAAAGUGAGAGGGAGAAGCUCGGCGUGACUGUGAAGGAUGAUGGAGAAUUCUGGAUGACAUUUGAAGACCUCUGCCGAUAUUUCACGGACCUCAUCAAGUGUCUCGUCAUCAACACAUCCUACCUGAGCAUCCACAAGACCUGGGAGGAGGCGAAGAUUAAAGGAGAGUGGAAGUAUCAUGAGAAUCCUCUGAAGAACCGCACUGGGGGCUGUAUCAACCACAAGGAGACCUUCUUCCAGAACCCCCAGUAUGCAUUCAAUGUGAAGAAACCAGGAGAUGAGGUGCUUGUCUGUCUGCAGCAGAAAACAAGGCGGACCACCCGCAGACAGGGCAAAGCUGAGAACCUGGCCAUUGGCUUUGACAUCUACAAGGUGGAGUCAAAUCGAAAGUACCGCAUGCAUACUAUACAGGAGAAGGCAGCUGGUUCCAUCUAUAUCAAUUCACGCAGUGUCUUCCUGCGGACUGAACAGAAAGAGGGCCGGUAUAUCAUCAUCCCUACCACCUUUGAGCCAGGCCAGACAUGUGAAUUCCUCCUCAGGAUCUUCACAGACGUCCGUGCCUCCUGCCAGGAAUUGCUCCUGGAUCAGCCCCGCCAUUGGUGGUGGAAUAGAAUAUUCGGUUACCCUCAGGUUGUAUCCCAGAUCCAUAUCAUCAAAGCUGAGGGACUGAGGGAUUCCCCUUCAGAAGAGACUAACUCCUAUGUCAUCAUCAAAUGUGAAGGAGAGACAGUCCAAUCGGAUGUGCACAAGGGUAACAGCACCCCAGAGUAUGAUGUGAAAGGCAUCUUCUAUCGCAAGAAGCCGGAGCAGCCUAUCAUAGUCCAGAUUUGGAACCAUAAAUUCUUUUUGGAUCAGUUCCUGGGGCAGGUGGCCCUGAAGGGGGAUCCAGAUGACCUCCAGACAUCACACGCCCUGCAUCUACAAGAUAGGGGCAGUGGGAAUUCCAAUGACCUUCCUGGCACCAUCUCCCUCCAGGUCUACAGCAGCAGCAACCUUUCACACAUCUAGGGCUUCCCCUCAGCCCUGGAGAACCCAUGGUCUGUGGGGGGCACGGCUGGACCUGCUCCCAUGUAGCUCCAGCUUCCUUUUGGAGCCCUUUACACACACAAUGAGAUUUCUUUAUUUCCCAAGGACAAAUUCACGGUAUAGAAGAAUUAUGCAUGUAUCUUCUGGAAUACAGUGUCUGAUAAUGCCAGAGGCCUUCUGGGACCUUUAGCACCUCUUAGCCAAUGGAGGGGUAGAAGACACAGAGCGCUUCAGAACAGGGCACCAUUCAGAGUUACUUGUUUACGUGCCAGUGGCCCUGUGAAUUUUGCUCUUGCCCCUAACCUAUUCUCUGUUAGCCAGUUCCCCCUCACUCCUUUCUUCUCCCCCCCCACCCAUUGCCCUUCACCUCUUCCUGUGUUCUCAGUUACCCACAACUUGACUUUUCCCACCCACCAUAAUGACAGUUUGCCCUCCCCAGGGUCCCUUUUGUUCAGAGAAAGUAGCAACAUCUUUGGGUAGUGGAGAGAGCCCUGAACCAGGAGUCAAAAAGACUUGGUUCCACCAUUCAUUGGCUAGGAGACCAGUGACACUAGGGAAUGACUCCAUCAGUGUGAAGGUAUCCAAUGGCUGGGUGGGACUUAGAGGAGAUGCUUUGGUUUUUGGGGCCAGAGGCUCCUCCCCAAGCCCCCCACCUCAUCAGACUCCUUGUUAGUGCAUGAGAGACUUGCCAGGAUUGUUCGUUCAAAAGAGGUCCAUUAAUUCAUCUUCACAUCAGAAUAUGUAUUCUUUUGUCAGUUCUGUUAGGUCUUCCACGAAGACAGCCAAAGCCAGAUUGUUUUAAAAGCUUUCCAUUAGGUCACCGGGCCCCAUCUUAGAGGUGAAGGGACUUCACGUGGGCACAUGGAUGCAGCCAGGCUCUCUACCAGCUGCCAUUGCUGUAGCUUUUCCCACAAGUUGAACCAACUGCCAGAUACUGGAGGAUCCCAACUCCAUACGUCAUCUCAUCCAGGUCAGACCAGCUUUUGUCACUGGUUCCCCUCCCAAAGGGGGUCAGUCCCCAUCUAGCUAGAUAUCUGCACAGCAGUCAGGAUGAUAGUUGGCCCCCUUGGGCAAUGGGAUGAGAUGUGUCAGAGAGCAGUGCCAAGGCAGCCCCGGCUCUUAAUGCCAUGUGAAAGCUGGGGUCUAAGGGGAAGGGGUGCACCAAAGGACAACCCCUUCCCCAAGCAGAAUGAAUUUUCUUCUGCAAAACAGGCUAUGUCAGCCCAAGAGGCCAAAGAAUCUUCCUUCUUGUCAUCUAAAUAUUGAAGCCAAAGUGUCUUACUGCUUCAUUGUGUUUUUCUUAUUUCACAUUUUAGAGGCUAGGGGUUUCAAGUUGAUUAGGAGAACAGAGGACCAGAACCCAUCCUUUUUUUUUUUAAAACCUAGUUUCUUUGGGUCUUAUGACAACGUGAUUCCGGGUGGACAGAUUUAGGGAUAGGAUGCGUGGGAAUCUCUGCAUGUUUUUUUCCACAACUGGGAUUUGGAAUUGGAUAAAGGCAGGGAAUUCUAUAUAACUGUUUGGGGGCUUUACUGGUUUUUGUUUUAUAAAGCUCCACCUUACUCUCUCCCUGGCACAUUCUUGAGACAUGGACAGCUUAACAUCUCCAGUCCAAACAUUUGUUUUUCCAGGGGACCCCUUGGGUUGUUAGAAACAUGUAAGUCUACCCAGAGACCCUAAUGACUCAGUUGUGUCUGAACCCUUUCAUUGUCCAGAUUAACAUCAGGAAAGACGAUCCUGUAAGUUCAUGAGGGUUGAAAGCCAUCCCCCUUGUAGUUAAGAGAGCCAGAAUCUUCAGUGAAGCUUGCAAACCUAGGUCUAAUUAAGGGGUAAUUGUGCUUUAAAGGUAUAGCUCCUGCCUUUGCUUUCCUGGGGAUCGAGUGAGGAAGGAGGUACCGUCUCCCUGUCACUCUUCCUCUAGGCAACCUGGGAACUUUUCAUCUCUAGGACUUUUGUCACUGGGACCAAGGUUGACCAAGCUGAAACAGUAUAGUUCUUGACUGCUCACCAUGACUCUUCCCAUCCUUCCUUCCUGUUCCUGCCAUAUGCCAAUGGGAUACCCCUCUCUCUAGGUUGUCCAUGGUAUGAGGAGCAGAAGGAAGAAGAAAAGGUCAUGAAGGGGAGGGAAGGAAGGAAGGAAGGAAGGAAGAAAGGAAGGAAGGAAAGAAGGA